UGUCAAUAGUCAAAUCAAAAGCAUUUUAUUUUUUCUUUCUGAAUUCGAUCUGAAAAAAUUUGCCACACAUUGCAUUGAUAUUCUCAUAAAAAAGAUAUUUAACAUAUUUAAAAUAGUAAAUAAAUAGUAGCAAAAUAAUGAGGCCGCUAAUGUUACAAGGGCAUGAGCGUUCUGUAACGCAAAUUAAAUACAAUCGGGAGGGUGAUUUAUUAUUCUCGUGUUCGAAAGAUCAAAAACCGAAUGUGUGGUGGUCAGUUAACGGAGAAAGGCUUGGUACCUAUAAUGGACAUCAAGGAGCUGUAUGGUGCUUGGAUGUUGAUUGGACUUCUUCAAAAUUAAUGACAGGAUCUGGUGAUAUGACAACUAAAUUAUGGGAUGUCGAACGAGGAGAAGUAACCGCGUCGAUAGGCUCGAAAUCAGCAGUUCGAACUUGUAAUUUCAGCUACUCAGGAAAUCAAGCAGCGUAUACCACUGAUAAAGCUAUGCAACAGAAUUGUGAACUUUUUAUUGUUGAUGUGAGAAAUGUAGACUCCACUUUAUCACAUCAAGACCCAAUCAUGAGAAUACCAAUAUUGCAGUCAAAAGUAACAUCUAUGCUAUGGGGACCUUUAGAUGAAUCGAUUAUUACAGGUCAUGAAAAUGGUCAAGUAACAUUAUGGGAUAUUAGAAUAGGUAAAGAAAUAAAUGCUGUAAAUGAUCAUACUUCCGUUAUAAAUGAUAUGCAAAUGAAUAAAGAUGGAACAAUGUUUGUAACUGCAUCAAAGGACACAUCUGCAAAACUUUUCGACUCAGAAUCACUGAUGUGUCUAAAAACUUACAAAACAGAAAGGCCAGUUAAUUCUGCUUCAAUUUCCCCUAUCCUUGACCACGUUGUUUUAGGUGGUGGACAAGAUGCAAUGGAAGUUACAAUGACAUCAUCUCGAGUUGGUAAAUUUGAUUCUAGGUUCUUCCAUUUAAUUUACGAAGAAGAAUUCGCAAGAUUGAAGGGACAUUUUGGUCCAAUAAAUACAUUAGCAUUUCAUCCCGAUGGCAAAAGUUAUGCAUCUGGCGGAGAAGAUGGUUUUGUUCGGGUUCAAACUUUUGAUAGCUCUUAUUAUGAAUAUGUUUUAGAAUAAUUCAUUUUGUGUGAGAGUCUUGAUAAUGGGUUUUAAAUUGAACAAAUAUAAAUAUAAAUUCAUUUUUCUUUGUA